CUUGGCAGGCACGCCGUGGCCCAACGUCAAGUCCAUUCGCCGCAAAAAGGAAAUCAAUCAGCCAACCGCAGGCCCCAUUAUAAACUACCAAGCUCUCCUUUCUGGACCCGUUUCGCUGCUCUCGCUGCUCUCCCACGCCCGCAGGAUCGAUCUCUUGAGGUGGGUUAAAACCCACAAAUGAAGGUCGGAUUGCGAGGCUAACUGUGGGGCUGGUUGGGUUCCUGGACGCCGUAGGAGCCAUCGUUCCCGACAGCUUAAACUGAGAGAUCUAAAGGUAUCAGUAAACAGAGGGAUAUAUAACGUCGCUUUGAAGGCUUGUCCACUGCUUUCUUUGUAAGCUUGUGGUGAUGAGAGGCGGGUUCGGUGGCUGAGAGGGGACGCACGGCGUGCUCGAUCAGUUUCAUUUCUCUCGAGGUUGUUCUUGGCGUGAAGGCAAGCAAGCGAUUGUGGAAUGAUAUGGAGAGGAAGAAUUGUGAUUUUUGAAGAGAUUGUUGGUGGAGCGCAGGGUUUGAGGAUUGCGAUUGGGGAAGGAGGGGAGAGUGUUGUAGGGGCCUGAUAGACAGGAUUUGUAUGCGUAGGUUGUGAAUGGGAGGGGGCGCAGGGGCGCGGGUUAUCCAUGGAUCUAUUGCCGCUGCAGCGGCAGUACUGGCAACGGCAGCCGCGACUGUCGACAUUCCCGACAAGUUGCAUCUGAAAGCCACGCCGGUGCUCUUCCACGCGGUGCCGAUUUCAAUGCCUCUGCCGCCUCUCUCCUCGCUUUCGGGCGCCCAUGGUUGCGUGGACAGUUCAUCGCCCUCUUCAGUUUCGUUUUCUCGGGUUUUACCGCCCAAGCAGUGCACUACUCCACCUUUGCGAUCUUCGGCUUCUUCCCAGAUGAGUGCGUUUCCUGGCAGCGGACGUCAAUCUGGCACUUGCCCUCCUUACGCAUCAGCCCCUUUUUCCCUGACUCAAGGAGCGCCGAGUGUUGGACCCCUUUCAGUCUCGUCGCGGGCGGUUUCGCACAUGUUGUCGGUCCACAGUGCUUCGUCUGUAAUGCUGCAGCUUUCAGCCGCGCAUUCUGUGUUGUCGCCGGGUGCAACUGGCGUCACGCGUCCCUCGUUGGCGCCUUUUGCUUUCGCAACGUCAGGGUUGUAUGUCGCGCCGGUGAUGGAGAAGCAUGUCGUGGGCUAUUUACGUAGUUGGAAGCUGGGAGAAAAGGCUUUGAAGUCGUCUUCGUUGCCUCAUUAUUCUGUGUCUCAACCGGAGGCAGAUGUGCCUGUGACAUUGGCCACGUUGAGUAGUUACAAUGCGCAGGCACGUUGUUCUUCGUAUUUGGAAUCUCUUCUUUCAACGCUUUCCUCGGUUCAGGAUUCGCUGUUGAAUCCUUCUUCACGGCCGUCGCAAUCUCUGCACACGUGGGACGCACCGAACGGGGAAACGUUUGAACCAGAUAAGAAUGAUUGUGAUGAAGUUCAUCUUGUGAAGAAGCCUGUCCUCACUGUGGUGCUAUUAGGGUGGUUGGGCGCGCAACAGAAACAUCUGAAAAAAUAUGCUCAAUGGUACAAUGCGAGAGGAAUUCAUGCUGUCACAUUUGUAAUUCCUAUGACUGAUAUCUUGAGCCUUAAAGUUGGGGAAAACGCGGAAGAGCAUGUGGAUUCUUUGGCACGCCAUCUUGCCCAGUGGUUGUCUGCUCAGGACGAGCACGCAGACUUGGAGGGAGAGAAGCAGCUUAUGUUUCACACCUUUAGUAACACCGGCUGGUUGACAUAUGGAGCUAUUCUGGAGAAGAUGCAUGCGGAGGAUGGAGAUAUUCUGGGGAGAAUCAAAGGGUGUGUUAUAGACUCUGCGCCAGUGCCUAAUCCAGAUCCUCAGGUGUGGGCAUCGGGUUUCUCAGCAGCUCUUUUGAAGAAACGAAGUAGUGCUACAAAGCCAGCGUUACUCAAAGCUGAAGUGAUGGAAGGUGUGACAGUAGAGGCUGCAUCUCAGGGUUCCGUUGCUAAUUUAGAAGUGGAAGGAACCGAUGGACUUGAAACUGCAGUUCUGACAGUUUUGGAAAGGUUUUUCUCUGUGUUCUUGAAGCUGCCAUCCAUCAAUCAGCGACUAGCAGAGAUUGUCACAGUUCUUCAGAAGAAGCAGCCUCCGUGCCCACAACUUUACAUUUACAGUACUGCUGACAAGGUUAUUCCUGUGAAAGCAGUCGAAGCUUUUAUCGAUGAUCAGCGGAAAGCUGGGCGGGUCGUGAGGGCUUGUAAUUUGCAGUCUUCUCCUCAUGUUGAUCAUUUCCGAAGCCACCCGCAGCUUUACAGUGAGCAGCUGAGUAGUUUUCUGAAAGAGGUCUUACCACCAACACAUGCACACGCGGUUGCUCAGUAAAAGCCUCCAUUGCUAAUUUUCGGCACCUUAUACGAAAACUUCUGUACCUGAGCCUAGGAAUUUGACUGCUGACAGGAAUUAAAAUGGAGCUGAAGCAGCUGCGUAAAGCCUGCUUUUACAAGUCAGUUCACUUUUGGUAUACGUGAAAGACGUAGGUUCAGAUCGAAGUAUACACUAUCUAAUGUAAAAGGAGGAACCGUUGAGUUGGCUGAAGUUUAGGUAAUAGUCUUGUUCCUACAACUUUGUAGAUUGGCCUUCAUUCUGGAUCGGCCAUCAGCUUUAGGAAAGAGUGGUGCAGCUGAUGGAAGUUGCUCUGUGUUUUGAGAGGUCCAAAUGAUAGGUGUAACGUGGAUUAUCACUGGAGACUAGGUUACAUGUAUUUUUGACACAGUCCUUCCAUUGAAGGCAAGAGGGCGAUAUUAUGGUAGUCCCAAAAGUAGGUUGGUGUAUUUUACACAUGGCGGAAAUGUAAAAAAACGAGUUUAGGGAUUUGAACUUGGGUCAAACCAAGCAUUCAUGAUUAAUUUUCGGUAAUGACAUUGAUGUACUAGUUUUUGCCGUUGCUCUAUUGAGCACGGGAUUACUCGACAAUGAGAAAAAUUGAUCCAUAUAAUAACAGACAUCACAUUUCAAGUGAA